AAAAGACAGGUCAUCAUGACGUGGACCAAUGAAAGAGAGACAAGGUCUUCAAUGUUGAUCCACCACCUCACCACACCACACAACUCACGCCUUAAAUCUCUUCCUCCCUAUUCCAAUUCAAAACCGCCGAACCCAAAACCUAACGAAGCCAUAGCGCUCCCUCCCAACUCUCCGUGCGAGGUCCCUCGACCUCCGCACAACCACCGCACCACCACCGUCGCCGCCGCCAUGUCCGAUUCCGAUUUCGAAGAUCCUCCACGCGAUCCGCCACCAGCCUUCCUCCUCCACCGCCCCCCGCUCAUGCAUCCUUCCUCUGCCUCGCCGCUUCUAAAGCAGCGAUCGUGGUCGCCGGAUGUGUGCCGCAACGAGGCGUGGCUCCGCCGUAAAGGAAACUGGAAGAAUCGCCGCACAAAGAGCGUGACGGAUGAGGAUGUUGAUGAACUCAAGGCCUGCAUUGAAUUAGGCUUCGGAUUUGAAUCCUCACCUGAAGUAGAACUCGAUCGCCGCCUCUCUGAUACGUUACCUGCUCUUGAACUCUACCAUGCCGUCAACAAAAGCUACAGUGAAUCACGCUUCCAUAAACCCCCAACCGCGACGGCGCCUUCUUCCUCCGCCGCCUCUGAUCGCGAAAGUACACCUUCCCCAAUCAGUAGUCCCCGCACCGCCAUCUUUGGAACUGAUGAUGAUCCUCAAACGGUGAAGACACGGCUGAGGCAGUGGGCACAGGUGGUUGCUUGUGCGGUGCGCCAGAGUUCAUGCUGAAAUCGUGAUGAAUGAUGUGAUUGUUGAACCGUGAUUAACCGAACCAUGGUUAAUUGGCACAGUUAACCACAGAACCAAUCUCGCAGUGAUGAUUGAUAUGAAUGAUGAAAACGAUUGCUCACCGAACCGGUCCGAAUGCGGACCUAGAUUAACCACCGAAUUAUCUCGCACCAAAGUUAGCUAGUUAGUUUAUUAAUAUGUGGAACUGUCGGUAGCUUUUUUAUUUGUAUUUUGCUUGUCCAGUAUAUCUAUGACUAAGGUAGAUCUAUAAAUAAUUCUUAUAAUAAGAUGGUAGAAUUGCAGUA